AUGUACUUCCAGCUUUCACCGGGUAACGCGGUGGGCACGCUGGGCUACCGCUGGGACCAAGGCUACCCCGUGGCCCGCCUCGUCCGGAUCUCCCUGCCACUUGCCGCCUGCGGUGCCGUCGCCCUGGUGGUGGAUGACACUGGGGAGAAGGUGGAAGCAGGAGCGGAAACUGCAAAAAGAGAACAGAAGCUCCCAGGCCUAAUGGUUUCAUCAGACAUUCCGGGUGCCUUCAAGGCGGCCGUGCUCAAGUCCAGGCUAGGCGUUCUGCCGGACGACCCGCUGCUACCUGCGUUGGGACAACGACAACCCCCGGCGGUUCUCGUUUGCCGGGAGAGCGUCGGCGAGUGGGAGGUGGCCGUGCCACACAAUCUCCUGGGGGUUAUGGCGCGCGGCAACGCCUGGGAGGAGCGGCGUGUGGCUGAGUUCAGGCCUCGCGCCGGGAUCACCGCCGAGGCGCGGUUGUGUGGGGCGGAGUGCGCGGGAGCGGAGGAAGGGGCCGGCUCGUGGCGCAGGUGGCGCGACGGCGACGAGGUUGUGUCGUUGGGAAUUGCAGUCGAGGCAGAGGGCGCGUCAAUCCGGUGGCUAAGUGAGGCCAUCGCGUCGCCCGUGGCCGAGAACGUUGCGCGAACAGACCCCGUUUAG